UGCUAUUCACUGGAAGUUAAAUAAAACCAUGUUUCCACAUUCAUCAUAUUUUGCUCUUUGCUCCAAGGGAGGUUUGAAAACACUUUUUAGAAGAACUUGAAUGAUGCAGUUACAGGUAUUGUCCUCUCCAGAAAAUCUUCAUCCUGAAGAUGGAUACAUAAAAGUUGUUUGCAUUUCAUUUUACUGCAUUUCUUUCCUGUGUACUUCAGUUCUAAACAUCAUCUGAUGAUAAUAUUCUGGCUGCAGCAUUCAUGUUUUCUAUAGGGGUUUAGUUUUCCAUUUGUUGCCUUGUGGUGGUGUGGUUUGUGACUGCAGAGAUGGUGGCAGGUUGCACGGGGUGAGUGUUGUCUGUGCCACAACAGAGCCAGCAUACAUCUGCAAACCGAGGAGCCCCGCUGGAAACGUCGGCAGGAAUCUCUUCACACUGUACCUGCUGCCUUGUUCACCUGGUCAGCGUACCAGAUUGCUCUGGCUUUCUGUCCUCUGCUGAAAGCUAUUUGCACGGAAUGCUGAAAGGCUCAGAGAAACAACUGAAGUAAUUUCUGAGUAUUUUUAGGAAUUCUGUCUACAGGCCAGAAUGUUCAGUUAGGAAACAUACUCAAUACAUCAACUGAUGUCAUGGCAAUGAUGAAGUGCAGUUUGUAAUUACAAAUGAAUGAUCACCAUUAACUGGGCAGUUCCCAGGCAGAUAUGUUAGUUAUUUUCUAACUUAAUUUAAUAAGAGAGGAUAAUUUAAAAGAAAUUUCUCUAAAUGUGUUAAUAGGAAAAAAAAAGGUAUUUCAUUUUCUUGCAUCGGUGUGUAACUCACAAACAAGAGAGGCUUUUCUGAAAGGAAAGAAAGCAAAGGGGAAAAUAAGGGGAAAAUACCGUAGCUGUGGCCAAUGUACAUUCACUGUGCUUUUCAUUGCUUCUCCAGCUGAAAUUGCUACAGCAGGGAAAAUAAAAAUGAUGAAUUUAAAAAAUAAAACCAGAAGGCAUCCGAGGAAUGUUGACUGCCACAUGAUGCUCAUUCCUCUUGGGGGUAAAGCUUCAUCUGGUGAAAACACCCUGACUGCAGAUGAUCAUGAAACCAUAGCUGACCAGACACAGCUGGACCCAGUGGAGUGUGUGAGUCUUGCCUCUGAGGAGACAAACCUGGGUGAGCGUUUGCCAGGAGAGGAGCCUGCAGCCAUGAUUCUGGCCAUGGAGGAGAAGAUGGAUUCAGUCAGUAAAAGGGAGGAGCCCGAGGGCACCGAGCCCCUGCCUGCGCAAGAGGAGGAGAGCUCUGAGCUGCCAACUGUGUGGCAAGAGGAGAGCAAUGGACCUUCACCUCCAGCACCUGGAGAGGAUGCGGGAGCACCAUCGCCAGGACCAGCAGAGGACAGUGGACUGGUGGACAGUGACAGCUCUGUAGUGGAAAUCAUCAAGAAAGUACAUAUUACUGAAGAGGACCACCUCAUUGAGGGUGAGACGGGAGAACAGGUGGAAACUGAGCUGCUCAGUGAGACAGUAAGCAGGGGGUCUGAAACAAAAGAAGAAACAGGAGAAGCUGUGGAUAGUGCAGCAGCAACAGAGAUAGCCCUGAGAGAUGUACCAUGCACCUUGAAGAUCUGAGGAGUGGAGGAACCCAGGAUGCCCCAAGAACUUCCACCUUCAGCUGCAUCUCACGGUUGGUUUCCUCCUGCAAGCUGAAAAUUCCACCAGCACCUAUGCCAGUACAGCCCUGCUCCCAAACACAGGAGAUGAAAUCAGCAUGGGAGCAUGGGAGCCAUGCUGCCUACCUGUGUGUUAGAUCAUGAGCUGCAGCAGUUAUAUUGAACAAUAUUAAAGCAUAAACCAAGAGGAGUUCAGUGGUAGAGAACAGCAGCAGUAAUAGCAACAGAGGAAGCUGCACUUGGAAACAGACUAUGAAUAUACAAGGGAGUCAAGAAAACUUGCUCACCACAAAGUCACUCUUUCUACCACUGUUGUUACAAGGAAGACAAGUGACAAUACACAUUCUUACCUCACUGUCCAACUUCUUCAGGUCAUUAAGCCUGGAAAGAAUAUAAGCCACUCAAUGAUUCAACAGUAUCAGCUCUUCCUGGUAAUCUUCAGUCCCUACAUACUCUACAAUUACAACAGAUGAAAGCUAUUUUUCCUUUCUCAUAUAUGAAAUAUGUUUGAUGCUGUCUUGAAUGGGAGAUGUUAUAUCCCCUAAAUUACUACAAGAUCAAAUGCAGUUGAUAGAUGCAUGCUGAACAUCCCUGCCUUGAGAAAUACAUAUGGGUCUAGUAAUCAUGGUUUGUGUGAUCCCAAAGGCAUAAAGGGCCAAAAUACAUGCAGUUAUCUGCCUCUGCAAACUUGGGAAAUCAGAGAGGUUGCCAAGGGCAGAAAUUGGUCUGUGGAUCAAACAGCUUUCUCAUGUUAAAGGCUGAGAAGAGGAUAUGCUCCAAUGUCUGUGUUUACAAGAUAAUACCUCCAGAGAUAUGGCAAUAUAUCUUAGUUAUUGGUUUGGUUUUAAAUGUAAUCAAAAUACAAAAUAAUAUUCAAAAAUGUUUAUCAAAAGCUAGACAAUCUUCAGCCCUUCACUUCAUCCAAGGUAGAAGUAAUCAUUCCAUGCGACAGGAAGCGCUGGGCAAGACAUUUAGAAAGAACAAACUGAAUUUCCAAGCUAACGGGUAAGUUCUGGUAGGAAUUUUGUUUCAGUUACAAUAAAGACAGCCCUAGAAGAGGUUAGAUUUGCACGCUGUCAGCUAUAUGCAGGCACACAUUCUCAGGAUCCCAGAUAUGCGGCAAUCUGGCUGGCGGGGACUGGCUCUUUCAUUCAGUGAGGAACUGCUUCCAGGUACAAACUGCAAGAAGAGUAAGGUGCUUGUAGCAGAAGAUUGGGGCAGUUUGAUUAUAUGCUUGAGCAGAGAACAAACGUUUAUGAAAAGUAGGUACUGAAAUUAAUUUUUGCAUUGUUUAAUCUGUUGAGAAUACAGUAAAUUAAAACUGCUAAAAGAAACCUAGCAGAACAUGCUGAAGUAUUGCUUUACUUUCACACAGAGGACCUGUUUUGUUGUUUAAGUAAUGUGAUUGAAACAAAUUUUACGUGGUGAAAUUAGGAUGCCCCAUGCUGAAUUACAACUUCAUAUUUUGCAUGCUAGCUGUUCAGUCUAGCAAACAAAAAGAUAAAGUGUAACUUCCCUCUGGUUAAAACAGCAUUUAUUAAAUGUUUGUGUACUUUGGUGAGCUAAGACCUAAGUGAUAGCCAUGAUACUUGCUUUUUAUAGGGGAGAAUGAUGGGGCUUAACCUUGUUGUUUUAAAGAAUAGAAUCAAAUCAUAUCACUCUGCUUAAAAAAAAAUAAUAAAAGUUUUAAACUUCUCUAUGGAAGGCUCAUGGUUUAUGUUGAGAACUUCUAUGCUAUAGCUGUAAAUAAGAGAGUUUAUUUCAGUUAUUCUAGAAUUCCUAUAACUGAAGAAUACAUAUUUAGAUCCAAGCCAUCUAAGAAACUGUGCAACUGGUCUCCACCUAAAAGCUAAACAAUCAGAGCCAAAAGUGGAUUUUAGUUCUUGACUUCUUGCAGAAUGGCACCUACUUACUGAUACAAACAUUUUCAAUGGAAGUAUGUGUUGCAUCUUAUUAGCAUGCAUUGUUUUUCAGGUGUUUCACUUACAUUUCAGUCUCAGACUGUCCCUUACUGGCACUAGCGUAUUUACAUCACUUUGUACCAGUGAAGUCACCCAAGGGAGUUCUGGACAGGACUUCUACCAGCAAAUGAACAAGAGAGCACAUAAAGAA